AUGCCGCCUGCAGGUCCACGAGCCUUCUGGGAUUGGGACGAGCUUCCUGGCAUUCCAGGUAAGGAUGAUGCCAAGACCAACAAGGUCCACAUCCGAAUGCAGCAGCGAAACGGCCGAAAGUCCUGGACAACUGUUGCUGGUUUCCCGGAGAAGGUGCGCCUUCCGAAGUCCGGUAACGUCCUCCAAGUCGACUUCGAAAAGAUCUUGAGGGCACUCAAGAAGACCUUCAAGACAAACGGAGUGCUUGUUGACGGCGGUGAUCACGGCCGAGUCAUGCAGCUCCAGGGCGACAUUCGAAAGGAGGUGGCCGAGUUCCUGAUUGAAGUGACUGCCAUCAUCACCAAGGACCAGGUGAUGAUUCACGGAUCCUGA